GGAGGAAGGCGAUGUGUAUGGCUCUCUUUGGCUUGCCGUCUUCCAUAGCCACAUCUCCAAAAGCAAGCUUCCAUUGCUUUCUGUCUCUCCUCUAAUGGCGGAAUCUGCCCAUCGCCGUAAUAAUAAGGAGUGCUGCAUGUGCGGCGACCUCGGCCUGCCGAACGCUCUCUUCCGCUGCGGCGUCUGCCUCUUUAGAUCACAGCACAGAUACUGCAGCGAUCUCUACCCCAAAGCGGAGAGUUACCGCAUCUGCAACUGGUGCCUUCGUGAGAGAGAGACGCAACCCUCCACAUCUAUCGGCGAGGAUAAUUCUUCGGCCAGCAGCGGCGUCUCUAAAAAUAGUGACGGUGGUAACAUCGGUCUGAAGAGGAAAUUUAUUGGGUUUGAUCGGAGGUUGAGCCUGCACAUGCAGUCGGUUAAGAAGAACAGGUCGAUGGAGUUUCAGUCCAGUAAGUAUUCGGAGGAGAGGACGACGGAGGUGCGGCGGGACGACGAGAUCGUGGCCGGAAGGAAGGGUGGCAGUUUAGGACGCAAGGACGAAUUGUUGAGGACGAAGUCGGACGAUUUCUCGUCGACCGCGAAAGUGGGGAUGGCGAGGCAGAUCGGAAGGGGAAAAGUGCGGAGGUACAAGCUACUGGAAGAGGUCUCCAGCUAGGAAGUUUUUUAUGAUCGAUGCCAUGUAAAAGGCUUUCUCUCUGUCUCUCUGCUUCUCUCCCUCUCUUUCUAUCUGGUGUAGGUUUGAUCGGCCGAUGCAAAGGGGAUUCUCUUGUACUGAACAUUCGAUCUUUGGACAAAGAAGAAGAAGAAGAAGAAAAAGCCCCAUGGUUAAUUUUCUCUUUA